CUCAUCAUAGCAACAACAAUGGCCGCUUUUCGCAGACUGGCUUCAAUCGUAAACAGGUUAAAUGUCUGGUCCGCUCCGAGAAACGAGCUCCUCGGCGCUCAGACGACUACCGGAGGUAGGACACAGAGAUGCCUAGCUGUUGGGAUGUGUCUCGCAACCGGGGGAGCGGUGGCAUUUUAUUUUUACAACGACAUGUACAGUCAAAGAUGCAGGAAGAGGAUGGGAUAUCGCUUCAGUGGCCGCGACCUGCUCCCUGUCCUUUCCGCUGUAGAAGCACAGCAAAAGACGCGGCCGUUUGACUUUGAGGAAGGAGACGUGUACAUGUCGUCCCACGAGCAGCGCUUCCGUCUGUUCAGCUCAGUGGAAUAUGAGGGACAGCUCUACAUGACCCCACAGAACUUCAUCGAGUCUGUCACCAUGAGCGAGCCCCGGAACAAGAAGCCGUGGAUGUCCCUCACUAAACAGGAACUGGAGAAGAUCUUGGGAGAUACUCCAGCGGUGUGGCAGGGAACGUCCAAACUGUUCCGGAACCUACGGGAACGAGGCAUCAUCGCUUACACCGAGUAUCUCUUUCUGCUCUGCAUUCUGACAAAGCCCCACGCAGGCUUCAAGAUCGCCUUCAACAUGUUCGACGCUGACGGCAACCAGAUGGUUGACAAGAGGGAGUUCCUAGUGCUGCAGGAGAUCUUCAGGAAGAAAAAUGAGAAGAAGGGGAGGAAAGGAGAUGUGGAGAAGUCAGCUCAGCUGAGUAUGCAGCUCUAUGGAUAUCAGGUUGCUCCCAUCAACAGCGUAUGUAUCAACCCAACCGCGCCCAAAAUGGCACCCUAUUCCCUAUAUAGUGCACUACUAUUGUCCAAAAGUAUUGCGUUAGUGAAUAGGGAGCCAUUUCGGACACACCUGUGUACCUUUGUCCCUGAUCUAAACUCUGUAUAUCUAGAUCUAUAGAAAUAGAGUAAAAUAGAUAGAAAUCCAUUGAAAUAGACCUUCCUUGUGUUCUGGCUGUCUGUCAUAUUGACUGAGUGAUUGAUUGC